AUGCGAAAUCUUUCAGCACCUCAUUCCUUCGGGCUUUUCGUCACCUCACCCAUCUUUCGACCCAGAAACCUUCCUUUUCUCACUCUCUCCUCACCUUCGACCAGGAGAUCUACUUCUACCAUUCAAUGCGCCGUUCAAUUCCGACCCUGCAUCGACAUCCACAAGGGGAAAGUGAAGCAAAUUGUGGGGUCGACCCUGCAAGACAUAAUGGGUGACGGGUUGGAUCCUGUGACCAAUUUCGAGUCUGAUAAGUCGGCUGCUGAAUAUGCUACUCUCUAUAGACGAGAUGGACUCACGGGUGGCCACGUCAUCAUGCUUGGUGCCGACCCUUUUAGCAAAGCUGCUGCCUUGGAAGCAUUGCAUGCUUAUCCAGGCGGUCUUCAAGUUGGCGGGGGAAUAAAUUCUGACAAUUGUUUCAGUUACAUAGAGGAGGGAGCAAGCCAUGUUAUUGUGACAUCUCAUGUAUUCAAUAAUGGAAAAAUGGAUCUUGGAAGGCUAAAAGAUCUUGUUCAAAUUGUUGGAAAAGAGAGGCUUGUGUUGGAUCUCAGUUGCAGAAAAAAGGAUGGUAAAUAUGCAAUUGUCACUGAUAGAUGGCAGAAGUUCAGUGAUGUUUUUGUUGAUCCUGGUGUCAUGGAAUUUCUUGCCAACUUUGCUGAUGAGUUUUUGGUCCAUGGUGUUGAUGUUGAAGGGAAGAAGUUGGGAAUUGAUGAAGAGCUUGUGGCUUUGCUUGGCAAACAUUCUCCGAUUCCUGUUACUUAUGCUGGUGGUGUGACUGGAAUGGCUGAUCUAGAGAGGAUAAAAAGUGCCGGAAUGGAGCGUGUGGAUGUAACUGUGGGCAGUGCCUUGGAUAUUUUUGGGGGAAACUUGGCUUAUGAAGAGGUUGUAGCUUGGCAUGCCCAGCAAAAGGCCUUCGUAGUUUGA